UUGAUCCCUGGUCGGGGAACUAACAUCCCACAAGCUGCACGGUGUGGCGAAAAAAAAAUUGUGUUCCUGGGGCUUACCUUCAGUGGUUGAUCAAGGUCUGGAGUGGGCCUGGGCAUCUACCUUUUAAACACUCCUCAUUUGAGCCUGGAGACACUUGUGAAACUAAUCUGAGAGGAAAUUUCAGCCAUUUCCUUCAAACUGGAGGCCUGGUUCCCUGUCCAGCCUGAUGGGGGGUGAGGAGGAGGGGGUCUGAGAGGAGAGAACCCUCAUUCUCUCCUGACUUAUUCUGCCCUCUCCCCAUCUCAGGAUUUAUUCAUGUUCUGUCCCUCUACUUAACCUCAGGAACGAGUGGUUAUUAACUAUGAAGCAGAAGUAAUCACAGGAUGUCAAACAGAGCAAAGGAGAGGCAGAGGUCUAAGGGAGGGAAGUGAGGAAAGCGUGUGGAACACUACAGGGGAUAUUUUUUCGGGGGCAGGGGAUGCUGUUGACAGGUUUCUUCCAGUACCUAAGACCAGGAGUUAGUGAGGAUCACCUACUUACUGUGUGUCCAGCACUGCAUUUUGGUAAGUGGAAAAGAUUGGGAGUAAGCUGUGCUUUCUAAGGGCCAGGAGCCCUCUUCCCUCCCUCCACUGCCCUCAAGAUCCUUUCCAAUUUCACUGUCACUGGCACUAGUGGGUUUUUUGAAUGUAUCAACUGCUCCUUCAGUCUGUAGGUCUUCCGGGCAUCUGCCUUUGGCUUCAGGAGCAUAGGGCAGGAGGUCUAGCCGGGUAUAUAUUGCACAUAACCAUUUCCCCAACCUAUCUGCAUAAAGAGACCAGUCUUCUGUCCUGAAGAUGUUUAGCAGUUUAAGAUUCUCUCCUGCUCCACUAACCUCUCCAGUCUCUACCUAAUAUAAUCAUGGGCUUGAGGAAGACUAAAAGGAAGCCAAAACUCAUAAAGGAACCCCUGGCUUGGAUUGCAGGGGAUGGUGUGGGUUUGCAAAUAGAUGGGUCUGUGAGGCCGCAGGGUGUCGCCAGAGUAAGGACGGCACAGGAGCGCGCACGGCCCCAGGAACUACAGUUCCCAGGAGGCCUUGCGCGGACGCCUGGGAGCGGGGCUACCCUAGGGUGGGGCCUGUGGACUGCAGCGUGUGGGGAGCUAUCGCGGCUCGGAUGGCCGGGCAGGUGAAGGACCGCGAGGCCUUCCAGAGGCUCAGCUUCCUGUACCAGGCUGCCCACUGCGUCCUCGCGCAGGACCCCGAGAACCAGGCACUGGCGAGGUUUUACUGCCACACGGAGAGGACCAUAGCGAAGCGGCUCGUAUUGCGGCGGGACCCUUCGGUGAAGAGGACCCUCUGUCGUGGCUGCUCUUCCCUCCUCAUCCCGGGCCUGACCUGCACCCAGCGCCAGAGACGCUGCAAGGCUCAGCGCUGGACUGUACAGACCUGCCUGACAUGCCAGCGCAGCCAACGGUUCCUCAACGAUCCUAGGCAUCUGCUCUGGGGAGACCGGCCUGAGGCCCAGCUGGGGAGCCAGGCAGACAUCAAGAACCUGAGCUUCGGGGCUUCCCUGGUGGCACAGUGGUUAGGAAUCUGCCUGCCAGUGCAGGGGACACGAGUUCGAGCCCUGGUCCGGGAAGACCCCACAUGCCGUGAGCAACUAAGCCCGUGCACCACAGCUACUGAGCCUGCACUCUAGAGCCCGCGAGCCACAACUACUGAGCCCAUGAGCCACAGCUACUGAAGCCCACGCGCCUAGAGCUCAUGCUCCACAACAAGAGAAGCCACUACAGUGAGAAGCCCGCGCACCACAAUGAAGAGUAGCCCCCGCUCGCUGCAACUGGAGAAAGCCCGCGGGCAGCAACGAAGACCCAACGCAGCCAAAAAUAAUAAACAAAUAAAAUAAAUAAAUAAAAAUAAAACGAAAAAACGAAAAAACCAACAUGAAUUUGUUAGUUUACAGUUCUGGAUGUCAAAGUUUGAAAUAGGUUUCACGAGGCUAAAAUCAAGAUGUCGGCGAGGCUGUGUUCCUUCUGCAGCCUCUAGGAGAGAAUUUGUUUCCUUGCCUUCUCCAGUCUCCAGAGGCUGCCUGCAUUACUCAGCUUGUGGCCCCUUCCUCCGUCUUCUGAGUCAACAAUCAAAUCACUGUGACCUCUGACUCUGUCGUCGAAUCUCAUUCUCUAACUCUGACUCUCCUGCCUUCCUUUUUCACUUGUAAAGAACCCUGUGUUACAUUGGACCUGCCUGUAUAGUCCAGGAUAAUACUCCCAUCUCAAGAGCCAAAAAGUCCCUUUUGUCGUAUCAGGUGACAUUUUCACAUGUUCCAGGGAUUAAGACAUGGGCUUCUUUAGGAGACCAUUGUCACGCCUACCACAUGACUUCACUGAUGUUUGCUCCCCAGAUUUUCAACUGUGGUAGAAACUGUUAUUCCUGUGUUAAUUUUUUUAUUCCUGGAAUACCAGAGUAGGGCUGUUUUUCUGAAAAAGCCUACACUGAUACAAGAAGAGCUGAAAAAUUGUGCUCCUAUUAUCCCGAAGUCUCCAAAUGGUGCUGAUUUCUUAAUAUGCAAUAGGUAUAAAUUAGGCAAUGAUCUUGCCGGGGCAAUGGAAGGAGGAAAAAAAGGAAUCAUCAGAAAGCACCUGUCCCUUGUCCAUGGUGUCUGGUCCUCUUGGGCUCUGGGCUGCAAUUUUCCUGUCACACUGACCCCAGCCAAUUCCUGACUGAAAGGGCUUUUAACAUGAUUUGUGUUCAGUUCUUGGAUUUGUCAUCUUCUCUCUGUCCUCUCAUGUAUCUUCAUGUUUGUGUUUUUCUUCUCUUCCAACACUGUAGUCCUGCCUCGAUUCUUAUCAUUGUACUCUUCCUGGCUUGCACACAAGUAAGCCAAUUCUCCAAGAAGAAAUUCCAGACACCUCUUCGUUAUUUGUUAGUUACUGUUUUUAUUUGGCUGCAGAGUUUAUGGGGCAAGCUCUCAAGUUUCUUAACUUUCUAUUUUACAAAAUUGACUAUAGGGCUUCCCUGGUGGCACAGUGGUUAAGAAUCCACCUGCCAAUGCAGCGGACACGGGUUCGAGCCCUAGUCGGGGAAGAUCCCACAUGCCGCGGAGCAACUGAGCCCGAGCGCCACAACUACUGAGCCUGCGCUCUAGAGCCCAUGCUCCGCAACAAGAAAAGCCUGCGUACUGUAACAGAGUAGCACCUGGCUCGCCACAGCUAGAGAAAGCCUGCGUGCAGCAACGAAGACCCAAUGCAGCCAAAAGUAAAUAAAUAAAAUUAAUUAUUUUUUAAAAAUUGACUAUAAAAAUAAUGCAUACUCACACAGGAAAUGAAACAAUCAAAUUUGUAUAAAUAUAUUUUUAAAUCUCUUCCAUCACUAAACCCACACCCACUUUACUGAGGUAAUUAAUAUUAUCAAUCUACUCCCUAUAUUUUCGAUUUCUCCAUUUUAAUAAACACUUGUAUUGAGGGAGUUCCCUGGCGGUCCAGUGGUUAAGAUUCUGUGCUUCCACUGCAGGGGUCACAGGUUCAAUCCCUGGCCUGGGAACUAAGAUCCCGCAUGCCGCAUGGCGUGGCCAAAAAAACAAAAAACAGAAAGCAACAACAACAACAAAACUAUAUUGGGUGUUUUUUCUCUCAUAGCUUCUUUUUUUAAGCAAAGAAACACACUAAUUUUACUUGACACAAUCAUUUUUAACAACUUGAGAUAUAAAUCACAUACCAUACAAUUCACGCAAAGUGUACAAUUUGGUGGUUUUAAUAUAUUAACAGAGAUGUGCCACCAUUACCACAAUCAAUUCUAGAACACUUAUCACCCCCGAAAGAAACACCAUACUCAUUAGCUGUCACUCUCCAUUUCCCCCAAGACCCCAGUCUUAGGCAACUACCAACGUAUGUUUUAUUUCUACAGAUUUCCUCUUCUGAAUAUUACAUAUAAAUUAAAUCAUACAAUAUGUGGCCUUUUGGGUCUGACUUCUUUCACUUAGGAUAAUGUUUUAGAGGUUUAUCCUUUUUGUAUCAUUAUUAGUACUUCCUUUCUUCCCUUCUUCUUCCUCUUCUUCUUUUUCUCCUCCUUCUCCCCUCCCCCUUCUUCUUCCUCUUCCUCUUCUUCUCUCCUCCUUCUUCUUCUUCUUUGCUGAAUAAUAUUCCAUUGUAUAGACAUACUACAAUUUGUUUAUUCAUUUAUUAUUUGACAAACGUUUGGGUUGUUUCCAUUUUUUGCUAUUAUAAAUAAUGUUG